UGAUGCGGUUGAAACGUUUGAUUGGAUUGCCUGGUAACAGCUAUAUGGCGCCCGUUAGGUUGAUUCACGUUUAUGAAUUUCUUUUGUUGUGAUAAAACGUUUAGCUAGCUGCCGGGAAAUUUUCUUUAAUCGUAUUAUCCACAAAGUUAUAUUUGUCUGUUUUUAUAAUUUAAGAGGAUGAGUGGCGGAGUGUAUGGAGGCGAUGAGGUUGGAGCCCUGGUGUUUGACAUAGGAUCAUACACAGUGAGAGCUGGCUAUGCUGGAGAAGAUUGUCCCAAGGCUGACUUCCCCACAGUGAUCGGCGUGACCCUGGACAGAGAGGAUGGCAGCACCCCGAUGGAGACAGACGGCGGGGACAAGGGCAAGCAGGGCACCAACUACUUCAUCGACACCAACCAGCUGAGGGUGGCCCGCGAGAACAUGGAGGUCAUGUCACCGCUCAAAAACGGCAUGAUCGAGGACUGGGACAGCUUCCAGGCCAUCCUAGACCACACCUACAAGAUGCACUUCAAGUCCGAGCCCAGCAUGCAUCCUGUACUCAUGUCAGAAGCCUCGUGGAACACACGAGCCAAGCGGGAGAAGCUAACCGAGCUGAUGUUUGAGCAUUACAACAUUCCCGCCUUCUUCCUGUGUAAAACGGCAGUGCUGUCCUCCUUUGCCAAUGGACGAUCCACAGGGUUGGUGUUAGACAGCGGAGCCACACACACAACAGCCAUUCCAGUGCAUGACGGUUACGUGCUUCAGCAAGGCAUUGUCAAGUCUCCCCUUGCUGGGGAUUUUAUGAGCAUGCAAUGUAGAGAGCUAUUUCAAGAGUUAAAUGUUGAAAUAGUCCCUCCUUACAUGAUUGCCUCAAAGGAUGCAGUACGUGAAGGAGCCCCAGCAAGCUGGAAGAAGAAGGAGAAACUACCUCAAGUCACCCGUUCCUGGCACAACUACAUGUGUAAUACUGUGAUCCAGGAUUUCCAGGCCUCCGUGCUGCAGGUUUCAGACUCACCGUACGAUGAACAAGUUGCAGCCCAGAUGCCCACAGUUCACUACGAGCUGCCCAAUGGAUACAACUGUGACUUUGGGGCAGAGAGGCUGAAGAUUCCAGAGGGCCUUUUCGACCCCUCCAAUGCCAAGGGUCUGUCUGGCAACACCAUGUUGGGAGUCGGCCACGUGGUGACCACCAGUGUGGGAAUGUGUGACAUUGAUAUUCGGCCGGGUCUUUACGGUAGUGUGGUGGUCACCGGCGGCAACACACUCAUCUCUGGCUUCACGGACCGACUCACCAGAGAACUCUCUCAGAAGACCCCUCCUAGCAUGAGGCUGAAGUUGAUAGCCAACAACACAACGGUGGAGCGCAGGUUCAGUGCCUGGAUAGGAGGCUCCAUCCUGGCAUCACUAGGAACUUUCCAGCAAAUGUGGAUCUCGAAACAAGAGUACGAGGAGGGCGGGAAGCAGUGUGUGGACAGAAAGUGCCCUUGAUUGACCGCCAACAACGUUCUGCUGCCUCCAGAACUCCCAACAACGUGUCUAGUUUAAUCUUUUAUUGUGGACUCAGGAACACCCAAGGACGGUUGCUGUUUUUGACGAUUUAAAAAAAAACCAAAAAAAACUGAUGUCUGUCUUUUAUAAUUUUAUGGAGAAAACAUUGACUAUAACAAACCAUGUCACAUUGCUAUGAAGAAAGAGGAGGGGGCUAAGUUCCUUUUUGAUUCCACAUCAUUUUCAGUAUAUUUAACGACUUGAUAUUUUGAUAUCAAUCCUCUUGACAGGUAAGAAACACUUGGGCAGUGUUAGUGUAUAUGCAUUAUCUAAUGUGGUGUCAGGUGAAUGUCUUUAAGCCUUUCCAUUUUGGGGUAGUGAAUAAGCUUCUCUAAUGAUGCCAUUGAUUCGCUGUCGUUGAGUUGCUGGACAAGACAAUUAUUCACUGCAAAUUAAAUCUGUAUUUAAUUUCACUCGUGUUGAUAUUUGAUUGGCUAUUUGCUGUCUUGAAAAUAAAAGGAAUAUUUGUUAAGUGCUA